AUGAGCCGCUGUUGGGCAGACCGGGCGAUGUCGUCCAGAAGGAGGAUGAAUAUAUCAUCUAUAAUCUGUUCACCGCCCGACUUAACGGAUCGCCUGGUUUCAGGAACGGCCAGUCUGGCGCAAUUUGGAAUAUGGAUUAUCGCCAUCCUGGUCUGGGCGGGUAUCUUCUCCCAUCCACUGAUACUCUUCUCUGCCCAUCCGCUCCUCAACUCAUCUGCGCUACUCCUCCAAGUUCAAGCUGCACUCAUCCUCCAACCCACAGCGACACCCCAGCAGAAACUCAAAGGCGCGCGCAUCCAUUACCUCAUCCAGGCCAUCAGCGUGGCGGCCUUUAUCGCGGGCUUCAUCGUCAUCGAAGUCAACAAGGGCAGUCAUGCACGCUUCACCUCGCCUCACGGUGUGAUGGGCCUGGUUACCUAUAUCCUCAUCAUCAUACAGGCUGCCGGAGGAGUCAUACAGUACUUUAUCCCGGUUCAGGUCUUGGGCAGUGUGGACAAUGGUAAGAAGCUUUACAAGUACCAUCGUCUGUCGGGGUAUGUCUUGCUACUUCUCGAACUUGCGACUGUUGCCGCUGCUACGCGGACGACCUUCAACUUGGCUGUGCUGGCGAUUCCGCUGUGGGCUGUGGUUGUGGGCGCUGUUCUGGUGAUCUCGGGCGUUGGGGCGAGAGUCAAGAAGCACAAGCUGGGUCUAUGA